AUGACCUCCAAGUUUACACUCACGACUCGCGCAUAUGACAUCUGCUGGGCCAGACACGCUUUAUCAGGACGACAGCUAGCGGUGGUGGUGAAUCUGACAGGAGCGUGUGUGAUUGUGGUGCAGAAGGAUUUUGAGAAACGCGUCCACGUUGACAUGAUUGAUGCGACUUCAAAGGUGGCUAUAUUUGAUUUGGCAACUCUUUCACGCGAGGAAUUAUCUACCAACAGUAGGGAGCAAUAUCUCAUAGAAUUUGAGCCCGGUCUUCUGUACUGUUACUGGGAAGAUCAAAUGCUGGAGCGAACCCAGGGAGACGAGGGUGGAAGGGCGUAA